CUUCCUCAAAGAUUUUCUAAGAUUUUCGUUGUCUUUUUUAUUCAUUUUCUGAUCGUAGUUUGAAGCCUUUUUUUUUUUUUUUUUAAUCAUCAUCAUCUUCAACACCAUGAAGGAAACCAUGGGAAACCCUCUGCAUCUGAAAUCUUUGAACCACAUCUCACUCAUCUGCCGAUCGGUUGAGCAAUCCAUUGAUUUUUACCAGAAUGUUCUUGGGUUUGUCCCAAUCAGGAGGCCUGGAUCUUUUAAUUUUGAUGGUGCAUGGCUAUUUGGAUAUGGGAUUGGAAUUCAUCUUUUGCAAUCUGAGGACCCGGAGAGCAUGCCCAAGAAAACUGAGAUUAAUCCCAAGGAUAAUCAUAUUUCUUUCCAGUGUGAGAGCAUGGGGGCUGUGGAGAAGAAACUCAAGGAGAUGGAGCUCAAGUACAAGCGAUCCAUGGUGGAGGAAGGUGGCAUCCACGUUGAUCAAUUGUUCUUCCACGACCCGGAUGGCUUCAUGAUCGAAAUAUGCGACUGCGACAACCUCCCAGUGAUCCCCAUCGCCGGGGAGAUAGCCCGGUCAUGCUCCCUCGUAAAUCUGCCUUUGUUGCAGCAGCAGCUAAGAUUGUUGCAGCAAUAGAUGUACGGGCUAAUUGUAUGUGUCAAUAAGAUUUAUGAGAGGAAGAGGAAGGAAGAAACUACUACUACUAAGUCGAUUUGUGCUCUAUGCGUCAUUAUUAUGUGGCUUUUGUAAUAACACUUUAAUUAAUGUUGAGAAAUGAAAAUCUUCAUCCAAAUUGAAGGUGGUUUGUUUUUGGCUCUCAAGUGUGGGAAUCUUCUGAGCUGGCCUGCAUGUAUUUUGUGCUGAGUUGAGUUGGGGAUGGAGAUACUUGGGUUACUUUGAAGAGAACACUUCAAUUUUCUUUUUAUGGUGAUGGCAUCAUCAGAUGUUGUCGUGUUCUGAGAGGUAGGACUUGGUUCCUGUCCUUUUUAGCAAUAUAAUAUAGUAAUAUUUGA